AUGAAGAGGAGCUUGGACAAAAGUGAAGAGAAAAGGAGCGACGAAAGUGAGUUGGAAGUCGACGAGGACGAAGAAGAUCACGCCUUGACGAAAGAGGGCUAUAUAGCUGAUGAUGGAUUUAUAGCAGACGAUGACGAAGAGGAAGUCGGUGAGGAAGAGGAGGCUGAGGAGACUCCUGAAGAGAAACAACGCCGUCUUGAGGAAAAGCAGAAGCGUAAAGAGGAAAGAGAAAAGAAGAGAGCUGAGAAGGAACAAAAGAAGAAAAAGAGAAGGAUCAUUCAUAACGAAAGUGAGGAUGAAGAGAUGGAGAACCCGGAGAAUAAAAUGAUCGAAGAGGUCCAAGUCCCUGAAGAAGAAAUCGACCAACAGAUGGAAGAAGACUACUCAAAAUGUUUGGAGCCAAUGGAUUUGAAAAGGAAUGAAAGAGAAAGACAAGACAAAAUUGUCGAGUCGGUUGACGUGCCAGAACAACUCUUUAGAAAGAAAAGUGUUUUGAACUGGUUCGACCAAGAAGGGAAAGAGCAACCAACAAUGGGCGAAGACGUCUGGCAAAAUAAAAUGCUCGAUGAGAGUUAUUGGGUGUGUCAGAGACUUCAACUUGAGAUAUUAAUGAAUGUGAUUGACCUGGACAAUCUCGUUAAAAAGGUGUUUGAGUUGAUGUACAAAGAAAGACAUGAUUUGAUGUUUAUCGCAACAUAUGACAAAGACGUUUACUACCCGUUUAUAUCUGAAAACUGGAGAUCGAUCGAACAUGCGAAAGUGAUUCAAUUACUUUGGCAAAUAUGGGACUUGGACACAGAGUAUUAUGAAAUUUGCGAAAAGAAGGAAAAGGUAAGGAAAAUAAUUGAUGAGUGUAGCACCAUGGGCACAGAGGAGAGAGCGGGUUACUUAAUCACCCUCGACACGUUACAAGAUGAAAUUGAUUUCCAAUUGCUGAGUGACGAGGUAAGUUUGAAAUACAGUCCAAAUUUUUUCGACCCGCUGAAAGAUGCGUCAAGGGGAAAACGGACAUAUCCAGAAGUGUGUUCCAAGAAUGUGGAAGAGCUGAUGAAAGGAUAUGGAAUUACACCGAAGUGUUUUGUUGACAAUUUGGUGAACAAUUACAAACAAUAUGUCCCAAACAAAUGUUAUGAAAAACCUGAAGAUAUUUCGAGAAGACUUAUAACAAGCGAAAUGCCAAAAACACAGAACGUCAUGAACACCGCUCGAAUGAGAUUUGCAACAGAAUUUUCCCAUUUCAAAGAAACCCGAAAGUUGUUUUACGAACUUGCUCUGAGGGAUUCCACAAUUUCAACAAAACCCACUGAAAAGGGAAAGGAAGUCAUUGACGUCUUUAACAAGUACGCCAUAUACAAAAGACUUGUAGGAAAGCCAGUUUCUCUCUUGAGAGAGAGGGAUGAUAUACUCAAAAUCUUCCAAGCAGAAAAGGAGGGACUUAUUACCGUUGAGCUAAAUAUGCCAACUGGUAUUAUCGAAGAUGCUUGCACAAAGUUGAUUGGAAGCGAUGAUAUAGACGAGUGGAGAUCAAUGAAAAAAGAGACUGUCGAGUUUGCAUUCAAAUAUUACAUCACGCCGUAUGUCAUUGAACACCUCAAAGAGACGUUAAGAAAGAACGCUGUGAAGUGCGUUGUGAGAGAAGCACAAAUUAAUCUUAAACGAAGAAUCAAUGGAGCACCACAUUUUGCUUUGGGAAACAAGAAGAGACAAAUAGACGAAACAAGUCCGCUUGUGAACUAUUUUGUUGGGGGAAUUGUUUUUGGAAAGGAAAGCAUGAUGUUUGUGAAAUGCAACGCAGACUCUGGAGAGUUUACUGAAUCGAUGUACUUCGAAAGGUUUGUGCAGCAAUUUGACAAAUACGAAGAAGAGAUUAAGAAUUUCUUCGGUGAAGAAACACUACUCAUCGGUGUCGAGGCCAAAACACCAAAGUCAAUUUUCAUGUUAACGAACCUUCACAAGAUGAACAAGAUUGAGAAUGUCAAUGUAAACAAGGAUUUGGGCAUCAUUUAUAAGACGGAGACCGUGGGCGAGAAGUCGCAGCUUGAAUAUGCGGGUUCAAGUGUGUGCAGGCAAUUGAUUAACCCAAUGGCCGAAUUUGUUCACAUUUGUGGGAAACGAGAGAAAAUGUUGAAUGUCAAAAUCCACCCAUUGCAAUACGCGCUCAACGAAGGAGAGAGGUCGACAUUGGUUCACAAGUUACAAGAAACGCUCAUUGAGGUUGUGAAUUUAAGAGGUGUUGAUAUUAACAAAUGUAUUGACCAUGGCCACAUUGAGGACGUGCUGUCGUAUGUGAACGGUCUUGGCGAAAUCAAGGCCAACACCUUUAUCCGAAAGAUGCAAGGAUAUCAGUUCCACAUCAACUCGAGAAAGUUCCUCAUUGAAAUGUACAAAGAUGAUAACAUGGAGAACGUUGUUAACAACUUUGUUGGUUUCAUAACGAUUUCGCCGAAGGACUCAGUUAAGAAUCUUUUCUUGGAUCAGACGAGAGUACACCCGAUGAAUUACCAACUUGCAGAGAAUAUUGUGAAUGAUGCUUACGAAGGCGAUUUGGAGAAGGCUGAGUUUUGUAAGAAAGCAAUGUCGAUGACUCGAGAGAAGUACGAUUCACUUGACUUUGACGGUUAUGCUGAAUUGAUCAAAGAAGGCGACAAAAAGAUGGACGUGUGUUUGAGGGACAUUGUCGAUGAACUUGUGGAUCCGUUUAUGUACAACCAACCAUCAUUCGCGGAGUCGACGCUGACCGACAGAGAGAUGUUUGAGUGUGUCACAAACACUUCAGUUGACGACUUUAAGGCGUGUCAAUUGAUCGAAUUUGUUCUUCGGCCGGGUCCAAGAGACAAGAAACGUGGUUUCAUCAGUGAUGACUUGGAGGUGAUGGUUGAAGACGGAAACUGUCUCAAUGGCGACGAGUUUGGAAAAUUGGUUACUGGUAAAAUCACAACGGUGGAUUAUUCAAAGUGUGUAAUCAACGUGAAGUGCAACCAACCCGAUGUGAGAGAUUUUUCGUACCUCCGUGAAGAGUACGAAAAGCUGAAAAGUUACGAAAAGUAUUUGGAAGUGACCAACGAGGAAAUUAAUUACCGUUCUAGCGAAGAAGGAAGGAACAUCGACUACAACAAUUGGGUGAGUUCCUACAGAAAUUUCCAAAUCAUGUCACACUCAAAAGCAGUCACCGAGGUAAAGAAGGGGAAAGUCGGUGGAUGGAUGGUCAUUCCCAUAGCAGAGGAUGGACUCUUCCAAGGCAAAUUGAUGUUGGUAUGGAAGUGGACCACAGAGGUUUUGAUGAAUAUCCCAUGUUAUGAACGGAAAGAUGACCGCGGAGACAUGAAGAUCAUGAUGUACAAACGACCGUUUGAUGGGCUAUCUCACCUCGAGCAUUACAUAAAUAAGGUCAAUGGAUUAUUGGAAGAGCUGAGAAAACACAGGAGAUAUCACGCCAACGACUCAAAGGUCGACGUUGACUUAUCCAAACAAAAAGCCGAGCUGCCAAACGCCUUCCACUAUUCAUUGAGUGUUUCGAAAACGGAGUUUGGUAAAAUUCGAAUCGCAUCAAUCCCGGGGUCGAAGACGGUUUCGAGCUUAUUUGUUCGGUUGGAUGACAACGGAUUCCAUUUGGGGAAAACAACAUAUAGCUCGGUUGAAUUACUUGUCGAUGAGUUCAAGAACAGAGUUCAAAAUAUGAAGUAA